GCAGCAGGGCGGGGGCGACACCCCCACAGAAAUGAAACUGACUGAUACUUCUCGUCUGUCUGGCCGCUCCAGCGUCCGCCUGGGGCUACUAGUGUCAACAGAGGGAGUAUUUUUAAGAUGCUUCGUUAUACACGGAGACACACACGGGGAUACCGGAGAUGAAGCGGAAUAUCCUUUCAAAACAAUUGUGCGUCUUUUUCUAAAAGUUUCCCCCUGACACGGUCGACAGUAAGAGUUGUAUUUUGAAAGUUUUCACAGGAUAUUAACAGGAUAUUUCUCAUCCUGGUUUACUUCACAAACUGUGUCGCACAGACUUGUCUUGCUCGUUUUUUUUUUUUUUCUUUUUUUGUUGUUGUUUUUUUUGUUUGUUUUUUGUUUGGCAUAUUUCGUUUGAGAUGGGCAAUGCGAUGGGCACCGUACCGGAGCAAAGAUAGGACCACGUUCAAGUGGAUCCAGUGAUAUGGAUGUUCCAGAGAGCUUGUUUAACAGCAGAUAAAGACCAGGUCUGUCUACGAGCCUCACUCUGAGACACUCUGGUAACCAUGGAGACCAAGUCUGGAGAGAGACCAAAUGCAGAUGCCUCCAUCCCCAGCCCUCAGAGUGAAGCUGUGGCCAAUGAGCUGCAAGAGUUGUCACUGCAGCCUGCCCUCAAUCUGCUGCCAAUCAGAGAGAGGAGGAGUGUUCUCCAGCUGAAGCUACAACAGAGAAGGACCAGAGAAGAGCUGGUCAACCAGGGAAUCAUGCCACCACUGAAAAGUUCAGCUGCCUUCCAUGAACAGAGACGGAAUUUGGAACGAGCACGGACUGAGGACUAUCUCAAGAGGAAGAUCAGGAGUCGACCGGAGCGAUCCGAACUCAUCAGGAUGCACAUCCUGGAGGAGACGUCAGCAGAGCCGUCUCUGCAGGCCAAGCAGCUGCAGCUGAAGAGAUCUCGCCUUGCUGAUGAUUUGAACGAUAAGAUCUCCCACCGACCUGGGCCCAUGGAGCUGAUCCACAAAAACAUCCUACCUUUUCAGUCCAGUAUUAAACAGGCCAUCAUAGAGACACAGUUUCCAAAGGGUUCAGGUGGUAACUCAUCAUGCGAUGAGGACAGUAAUGACAGUCUGUCUUCAGAACAGCCAGUAGGCCAGCAGUCACCUCUGGGCCUGGGACCCCUGCCCUCUCCAGCAGAGACACUGGCUGGGAGCAGCAUCCCGUCUCCUACACAGGUCCCUCCUCCAGCGCCACCUCUCCCACCGCUCUCUGGAUCCUCCCCCUCAUUGAUGCUGACCAAUGGGACGGCAACACCACAUGCCCAGAGGAUGGGUGUUUCCUGUCAGAUCAAGUCCCAGCCUAAACCAAACUCUGACCGCUCUGCACAGAGACACAAGAAACCUAAGGACAACAAGCCAAAGAUAAAGAAGUUAAAGUACCAUCAGUACAUCCCUCCUGACCAGAAGGGAGAUAAAGAGCCUCUUCCCCAUCUGGACUCAUCUUAUGCCAGAAUCCUCCAGCAGCAGCAGCUUUUCCUGCAGCUCCAAAUCCUCAGUCAGCAGCAACAGCACUAUAACUACCAUGCCAUCCUGCCUGCGCCACCCAAACUUGAGAAAAAUCAGCAGCCAUCUUCCUCUUCCUCCUCGAAUUCCAUGACCACCUCCUCCCCACCUAGAGUUCUUGCUGCCCCCUCAACUGCCCCCACUAUCCACAGCAGUAAAAGCCAUCAAAGUUCUGCUCCUUUAGGUGGGACCAAACCAGUAUCUCUACCUCCAAACCUGGAUGAGAUGAAGGUCGUAGAACUGAAAACCCAGUUGAAGCUGCGUAGCUUGCCAGUCUCCGGCACCAAAAACGACCUCAUUGAGAGGCUGAGGACCUACCAGGAACUGAGUGGAGGCAGUGACACUACCUCCUGUCCAACAGCAGGGGGUACCACAGGGCCAGGGGCUGAAGGAGCAGGAAGAUCCUCCGGAACUUCUGCAGCUACCACCAACAACAACACAUCACAACAGCAGCAACAGUUUCAGUUUCAGGGCCACCAGACAUCCUCUCUGACAAGACAGUCAGGUAGCAGUGCCACUCAAUCUAUAGCCACUCCUCAGCUGCUCAUGACAUGUAGUGGCACCGUCUCAUCACCACCCGUCUCAUUCACCCUCUCUGACCAUCCGUUGGCCGCCAUGAGUCCAGAAGAUACCAGGUUUAACAGCGACACUUUGGAGGAAAUGAUGAGCUCACCUAUCACCCAGCUGAGUCUUCAGUCAUGUUCAACUGCUCUGCUUCCAACAGAUAUUAAGGAAGAACCCCCAUGCUCCACCCCAGCUCCUUGCCAGUUCUCUUUAAAGCCACCGGUUUUGCAGACACACUGCCUGGUCUCAUCAGCCGCCACCACCACUACUACCACAGCUCCAGCACUGACUAUUGAUAAAGACAAGAUGCUGCAGGAGAAAGAUAAGCAGAUAGAGGAGUUGACCAGGAUGCUGAGACAGAAACAGAGGCUUGUGGAGGUGCUGAGGAUGCAGCUGGAGCAUGGGAAGAAAGGAGAACAAGUUUCAGAGCCAGUGGUUCUUGUAAGAGUAAAACAAGAACCUCCUGAUAAGCCCAGUGUUCCUCUCUCAACUGGCCAUUCUCCAUUCCCCGUUCAAACAUCAACUGUUUCAUGUGACAUGGAUGUCACCAAAGUAACCAUCAAACAGGAGGCCAUUGAGACAGAGGAAGUUGUGAGUAAGACAACUAUACGAUCACUGGACUCUCAUGGAUUACCACAGUCUUACUCCCAAACUCAGGAGGCACAGGAGCAGACACAGCUGCACGUCAAGCCACAGACAAAACAAGAACAACAUGUUUGCCUCCAGCAGACCACUCUGCAGCUUACCCAGCAGCAGGCCAUACAGAAACUCUUUCUUCAGAAACAGCAAAAAAUUCAGAACCAGCAGCAGACCAGUCAAAACCGCAAUCAGAAGCUGGAGAGUCAGCAGAACCUGCAGAAGCUUUCUCAGCAGAGAAAGAAGAAAUCUCACAAACAGCAGCUCAAACAGCAGCAGCAGGAGCAACUGUUACCGUCACAACAACAGCAUCAGCAGUCAAAACAACAUCAACAGCAGGUGCAGCUGAAGCAACAGAUUCUAACGAAACAACAAAAGUCACUGUUACAGCAGCAAAUUAAGCGGCAGCAGCAGACUAAAAAACCACAACAAAUCCAGAUACAGACCAAGAUACAUUUGAAGCAACAACAGGUGUUAAUACAACAGAAACAACAGGUGCAGCAGCAGUCACCACAGGUCAGUUUUGUGCAGGUCUCUCAAGAUUACAUCAACCAGCAGUCAGGCUCAGUGCCUUCUUUCCCACUUGAUCUCCUUAAGAGUGACUCCACACCAGCCCUGGUCACAGACAGCAACGGUAAACACUUCCUGAUUGCACUGACCAAUCACAUCACUAAGAACCAAAGAACUGACGCAUCUGAAGGAAAAGCAACCAAUCACAUCACUCUUCAGCGACUACAGUCUGCUCCAGCCAAGCUCCCAGGCCAUAACCAUGUCCAGUUGCUCGAAGCUGACGAUCAGUCCAAACAGAGCGUGCACAGCGGAUUUCAAAAACCACAAAACACAAAGGCACAGAAUCGGGGACUUCAGGUAUCUGUAGACCAGCUACAGCAGGGAGCUGCUCAGUGUUUUUCUGCACCACCCAGUCUGCAGCCUUUCUUCAAGGACCAGGAGAUUGCUCCCUCAGGGAAAAACACCUUAUCACCUUCCUCUCCAACUGAGCUCUGCUCUAGUCUGGAUGUCCUGUUUAGCCCUCUGUCUCCAGCUUCUAUUGAGACGGCUGCCUCACCGCCUGAUUACAAAGAUACAGAGCAUGAAGAUGAUUUUAUUGACAUAAUUUUGCAGACAGGAGAAAUGUCGACCAACUUCACACCAGCACCGGACCCGUCAUUGGAUAGUCUCAAUCCAAACUCCUCUGCCUCUUCCCCUCCUCCCUCCCCACUCCAGCUGCUGCUAACUCCCCCCAUCCCAGCCAGCUGUGACACCCGACAGCCUGCUCCCUCAGUGCAGUCUGAGCUUCAGACUUUGGUCGAGACCACAGAAGAGAAACAGCACCUCAGUAACACUGGAAAUGGACGCCUGGAGGACUUUCUCGAAAGCACCACUGGAAAGCCUCUCCUGGGGGUGGAGCCUGGAGGCCUGUUGACUUUGAUUGAUGACCUCCACAACCAAAUGCUGUGCACCCCCAGCAUUCUGGACCAUCCCACCUCUCCCAUGGACACCUUCAACAUGGCAACUGGGGGGGAGCAAGGGCUGGACAGUAUGGAUUGGUUGGACCUCACCAUGGGAGGAGAGAGGGGAGAGGAAACUCCCACAAUUGUCCCACUGGGCCCCCAAACACCUCCUAGUGUCUUUUCCACAGACUUCCUGGACAGUUGUGACCUUCAGAUACAGUGGGACUCCUGCCUAUAGCCUGCAAUGUUUACACACAUACACGAAAACAUGUAAUUGAUUGCUGAGGCUUCAGUAUUUGAUUAGAGCACUCUCUCUGUAUCUUCUCACACUCUGUUAUAUUGAAUCUUGAAGCACUUUGACCUUUAUGUACACACUGAAGUACUGAUUUUUGUGCAGACACUUAUUAGGCAGGUCCUAUAUCUGUUCUUGCUUCUUUAAUAACAGUUUUGUUGACACAUGAGAGGGACUUUUGUGAAUUUGGAUUCAAUAGGUUCUGAGGCUAUUUUAACUGGCCAAUGUACCUAUUGCUUACAUAUAAAUUGAUCUUUCCUUCGUCACAGACACCAUGUUACCGUGGAAAAGCAUAUCAGUUUAUUUGACCUUCGUCUAAUUAGAAUGUGAACUCCUUCUUAGCUGCCUUUUGUAGUAAAGCUAAUCUCUAUUUUACCACUACAGGAAAAGAUAUAGGUAAUCAAUAACCAAAGUUUAUGUGAAAAACUGUGAUUUUCUAGCAACAGAAUAGGGUGGAUUAGAGAUGUUGUUUGUGGACAAGCUGCCUUCCAAUGCUACAUGGCCAUAAUUUUGAAAUAUAUUGUAAUUUGAAGUGACGCUUUACUAAUUUUGUGUUUUUCGUAUCAGCUUUUGGAACAUUGUGACAGUUACAAUGUAAGUCCCCAUGUUGUAUAUGCAAUUUUGCUACUUGUGCAGGCAUUGUGAGUGUUACCACAUAUGGUAUCCCACUGUAUUUAGUAAUGAAGAAACUGACAUCAAAUACAUACAGCAUGCCCCAACUACUGCUUUGGAACUUGCCAACAAAAUACAAAAAUGUGUGAAAUUGCUUUAGGAAAAAUCAACAUUUUUACCUGCUAAUUGAAAAUUAAGACUGUUACUGAAAAUUAUGUGAGACUCAUUCACAAUCUUGACUUGCUGUGUUAUGUGUACAAUUCCAGUUUUGCAGUGCAGUGACAUAAAAUAGAUGUAAAAUGUAAGUGAUGUAUAAAAACCUCAGGGUCCGUUGCACAAACCCUCCUCAGUAUUCAGGCUUUAGCUUAGAGGAAGGUUAUAGUUUUCCCAUAUUUAAGAAAUUCCCAAAGAAACAUCUCGCAGUCUUUCUUCAGAAAGGAAGCAUACGUGCUAUAGUAACAGUGGAAGAACUGCACGGAAUUGCCCAGUGAAGCCCAGUGUCUAAAUUUUUUAGACACAAUUUUUUUAGACACAUUGCUUCUUUAUAGUUUGUACAUUAUAAGAAUGUAUAAACAAUUUGUAUUUAAAUUGAAUGUGUGAAUGUCUUUGGUAUGAAGCCCUCUGAAUGUAAACAUGUGGGAGUAACAUUUAUGCAUUACUGCACCUUAUUUGCAUUACACAGCGCCAUGUAAACUCUACAUCUGUACUUAAUGUUUACAUAUAACAGGUUUUUGUGGUCAUUUCGGGCGCUUUACUCUUGAAGACUACCAUACUGUAGUUUCACUACCUUUCUGUUUGCGCUUAAUGGAUAAAUGCACACAUAAUAUAAAAGGGAAGGGAAACUGCUGCAGCUUUAUAGAGUCUUGAAACAUGACUUAGUUGGAUGAAAUGCCUUCAGAAUAAGGAUUUUUGUAAUAAUGUUCUUGUUCAUUUUAAUGGUGAUAAUAGGCUGUCCUGUACUGUAUCAGUACUUUCGCCAGUGGGGAAAAGACAUUUUAUUUCCAUCGUUGUGAUUUUAAAGUGCUGUAAUGUAUCAGUCUAGACACUGAAAAUGUAUUAUAACAUACAUUUUGUAUAGCUUUUCCAUUUUUGGCUGUGUAACACUGCGGUAGUACAGGUUUGUAUGUACUGUGACUAAUGAUAUAUUUUUGACAAAAGUCUGUAUUGUGAAUCCAAAACACACAAGUUAAUUUUUGAUUCACACCAUCUUUUGAAUUUAUCAUUUUACAUGUUUUUUCAAUCUGUUCAAAAAUAAAUUUCAUUUGAGUUUGCUAUUAAGAUUGAAAUUGGUUUAAGUGGUAGCCAUAUUUCGCCAGCCAUUUGCAGGUUUUACUGGUAAUCUCGAGAUGUGACGGGGAUGCAAAAUGGUGCAACUGAAAGUCCAAACAUUGUUCUCUCUAAUGGUUUCUGUGGUUUACUAUGCGGAAUAGUGUUUACUUUAGGUUUUAUCGUUUGUACAGUGCAACAUACUUGAUUUUCGGACUUUGCUCAUACACUCAGGCUGCUUUAAGGGAUGAGUUGUUACUACUGUGCAACAAAACUCUUGGCAGUUACACUGUAAAAAUGCAAACUGAAACUGCUUUCCUGAUUUGAUUUUAAGAGUAAAAAUAACGUUUUAAGGGAGUAUAUAGUAAGGUAUUGUGUGACAAACCUUGGCUAAAUACUGCAAAUUCAGUUAUUUUGAAUAGUUACAAUCACAUGUGCCGGGUUCACUCACCUCUCGUGGGUUUUUAUUGAUGUGGCUGGCAGGAUGUAUCAAACCCCCUUCAGGUCUGUCAAACUGAAAAGGCCUUUCAAAUAAGAAGCUAGUGUUUUAUUUUUUGCUGUAUGAGACUGUGUAAAGUCAUGGGAAGUUUUGGGCAAACUGCUUGAGCCUUUUCUGUACUUUAAGUAUUUCUUUUCUUAAAAAAACAAAAGGGGAAUUAUAAAUAAAAGAAAAUACAAGAGUGUGGUGUGAUGUCAUACGUUUUGAUUAUUACAGUAGAGAGAUAGAUAUGGAUGGUACAUGUGCUGCUAAGUAUCAGUUUCAGUGUGGAUAAUGGUCAUUAUGGCCCGUUUUUAACUUCACAUUUAAUUGAAACCAAAUGU